CUAGUAUUUCUAAUUUUCCUCCCUCUCUCAACCUCCAUUCAUAUGCUUUUCUAAACCAAAACAUGGCUCAGCUUUCCGUCAAGAGCUUUCAGCUCCUUAGUAGAAGAUCAUAUGCUGUCGCAGCCGAGAACAUGAAAGUGCAAGCAGUGGCAUCAGUUAUGAGGAAUGCAACAGAUUUGAGGACAGAAGUUUUGGCAGAGCAGAAGGAAACGUUCUGGAUGAGAGAUCCCAAGACCGGCAACUGGAUUCCAGAGAAUCAUUUUGGCGACAUUGACGUUGUCGAACUGAGGGAAAAAUUCCUUUCCAAGAAACAGAAAUAAAAGUUCACAACAAUAAAGCCAAUUCAACGACCUGACUUAAAAUAAGAGUUAUAACCAGCAAAGACUUGUAAGCCUAAGCGAGUGAUCAGUGUUAAGUAGGGUUCUUGCUGAUUUCUGUUACUGUGUGCUCAAUAAAUUUUACUUGCUUUCCUGUUGUCCAUUGUGCUAGUUUUGCCAUACUGUAAAGCGUUUCCUUUAACCCUGUGCUUUGAAGAAAUCUUCAAACUUAUCUUCAGGAUGAGUGGUUGACUUAAAACACUAGAGUAACUCCAGUCUUAGUCUCCUCAAGUUAUUCGGCUUAAUAUUCUUCGAAUUG